AUGUCAACAGGAAGGAAAGGUCAAGGUCGCAAAAAAAUUGAGAUAAAAAAAAUGACAAACGACAGUCAUAUGCAAGUUACUUUCUCGAAGCGCCGUAGUGGGCUCUUCAAGAAAGCUAGUGAGCUUAGCACUCUUUGUGGUGCAGGUGUUGCGCUAGUUAUAUUUUCACCUGGUAAGAAGGUAUUUUCCUUUGGUCACCCCAAUGUUGAUACAGUAAUAGAUCGUUAUCUAUCACUGCUCCCAUCUCAAAAUAAUGGCACUGAGCGAUUCAUUGAGGCUCAUCGUAACGCCAACGUGCGUGAGCUCAAUUCCCGAUUGACUCAAUUAAAUGAUGCGUUGGAGACCGAGAAGAGGCGCAUGGAUGAGCUAAGUCAUGUGAAUGAUAUGGCCUGUCCCUUUGAUGGGAUGGAUUUUAAUCAACUUGUAUCACUGAAAAAUGCUUUUGAGAAUCUCAAAAAACGUAUUCCUGACCAUGCUAAUAGGCUUGUCAUUCAGGGUGCACCUAACCAAACCAUGCCAUUUUAUGUUGGAAAUGGUUCAUUUUCUAACAUGUUUGUCCAUCAUCAGCCAAUUCCUCAACCAGGACAAAUGUUUCUGGAACAACCUUUUCAGCCAAUUCCUCACCCAGAUCAAAUGUUUCCGGCACAACCUUUUCAGGAACCUAUGGGAGGAGAAGGAUUUGGACCCCCAAGAUUCUUUUGA